AUGGCGAGGGUGGGCUCCGUGGAUUUCACGGCCUCCUACCAUGGCCCGCACCAGAGGGCGGCUUAUUGGCGGGAGGUGAUCAAUCGAGAAACAUGGGAGCACGCCUUCCACCCGCUGAACGAACGUUUACCUCGGCCGAGCUACAAGGACAUGAAGAGCACGGCGCAGGACCAUCAGAGCCGCCCGGUGGAGAUCCUGAGAAACUCCUUCCACGUUGGCCGGGAUGACUUGGGCAUGUCCUACUUAGACGGCCGACAGCGGCCAAUUGGGUUUCCCAAGGCGGACCGGCGCCCCGAGACGGUUCUGCUGGAGCCCAUCCCCACGGGGCAGGUGCCCUUGAUGACCUCCACCUUGCCCUGGAGCUUGCGAGCGCAUCGAACCUCUGGAGCCAAACAGAUGGCGGCCACUUUGUCUUCCAUCCGCGGCGAGACGGACUUCGGCCGUAGCGAUCGUGUCCCGACCAUUCGAGCGCCGGCCUAUUCGAAUCAGCUGGCAGGUUAUGCAAGUUUGGUUUUGAGCUGUGAAACCGUGCCCAAAACUGCCAACCUCUUCAGGCCCGGCGCAGUUCCAUCGGGCGCCGUCCUUCGCACGGAUUCUGAACACCUAACCCCGCGCUGGGCGCCGCUGACCGGACCGGCCCGACGCCGCUGCGGUCCGGUGGGGGCGCUGGGACGUCUCGGGAUGAAGGGCCGCGCGGCCGCGGCGGUCGACCGAAGGCGCAAGAAGAGCUCCAGCUUCAGCAAGGACCCGGCGGCGCGGUAUGGCUCGGUGUACUCCACCGUGUCAGCCAUGGAGGAGUGGCAGAAGCAGAUGAAAGAGCUUGAGAACCAGAUCAAGGAUAUGUCAGAGCGACAUGGCCCGUUGCAUGCAAAGACCUUGACUCUCAUGAACCAGCUGGCCCAGGUGCACCGAGAAGCCAACACGUGGGAGGAGGCCAUUCAAGUCUACCACGAGGUCCAUGACGGCUGCAAAAAGGCGCUGGGCGAGGCGCAUCCGUACACGCUUGCCAGUUUGUCCAACCUGGGCAACUGUCUCUUCGAGAUGGAUCGCCUGGAAGAGGCGAAGCCGUUGCUGGAAGAGACACUUCAGAAGCAAUCACAUCUCAGAGGUGAGAAGCACUUGGAGACGCUGCAAACAGCACACAACUUAGCCUUGUUGCUGGAAGAGCAGGGCAACUUGGAGCAGGUCGAUGGGCUGGUCUGACUCGCGGUCGGUCUGACAUGCGGAGACCCAGUACAAGGCACAUGUAGCUUCCUUCUUGGGGGAUAGACUUGAUGGAUAAGGUUUGCCUUGGCGGAAAAAGCUCAAUUUCAUGUUGCGUUCCUUUUGAAGAAGGUACCAUGGCUUUCGGGAACUUCCAAAGGGCAAGCGUUGAAUGU